AUGCAAACAUCCGUUCGUUCUGCCUGCUACCUGUCUUUUAUCUGGAAACUUACAUCUAUAAAAGCCUUCGGUCUCGACCCCAACUUGAACCCCGACUUGAGUCUCUUUCCGGCCAGGGAGACACGAGCUGCUUCGGAACCAACUCUACGAGACGUCGACUGGCGCGAUGGACCCAAGGAGCUCCGAAAUGGGUACCAGCGACGAGCUGCGAUGGGCCAGCGCAGCGGAGAGACUGCCCCCAAGGGCCAGGAGUGCAAACGGUGCAUCCGAGAACAUGGUGUGUUUAGGUCCUGCGUUGUCUGCACUGUGGAUGGAGAGCUCCAAUUUGGCGGUGCUUGCAUGAACUGCGCUUUCACCAAGGAAGGCUACCGGUGCUCACUCCCCCCGAGAGAGGUAGCAGAUGUGGCACUUGACACCUCAGAUCUUGCAACCGCAAGUCCUUUUCUUGUUUGGCCAGGUGGCGGAGGGCCCUCCUGGGCUGGACUAUGGUACACCUCGCCAUUCGAACAUCCAGAGCACCUCGACAGCUUGGAUACCCUCUUCCGCAUCCAUAUCGAGCUGUCACAGGUUCAAGCUCGCGUGGCGUUCGACCUGGCCCAGAUCCACGAGACCCUGCUAUGUGCACAACAGAAUGAAUUUGAGGGUUCAAUUGAGGAGGAUGAUUCGGAGACUUGA